GGGGGCUGGGGGUCUCAACCACCGAACACUUCUCCCCCGUCUCCAACAAUAAUCCCCCACACAAUCGCGCGCGCGCGGUGAGGGUGGCAGUGAAGCUGAGAGAGACCUGCAAGAGGUGCCCCGGUUGCCUUCAAGUCGACAAAACGGGUAGGGGAAAAAAAGGUGGCUUGAGGAGCCGGAGAGUGCGGAAAGAAGGGAGAAGAAGGAGGUGGGACCGAGGCGGUGAGUGAGUAGUGAGGUCCGCACAAGUGAGUAACUGGGAGUCGCCACGGGACCCUCUCAGUCACCACGAGAUCGGCAAACCGAAUGGUCAGAUGUGUCGUGUCGUGUCAAAGUUUAGGGAUAAUUUUUACCUCAUUCAACGUAACAGACAAUACAAUAGUUCAAGUCCACCUGUUGAUUUGAUGAUUGAAAAUCGGUUGAAAUCGGUAUGAAAAAAUCGACGAUUGACGAUUUUUCAAUUGUCUAUUGAAUAAACGAGACGGUGGGAUUUUAAUCGACAAUUUUAUGCUGAAAAAUCGGUUGCGAUCGGUUGAAAUCGGCGGGUAGUAUUUCCUUAAACCUCGAUCCAACACGUUAAACUUUCAUUCCAUAUUGAUCGAUCAUUCAGUGCGUAAAUUGGUUGAGAUCGGUAAAAAAAUCGGCAAGUGAUUGUUACUAAAAAUUUCAUUGAACAAAUUGGACGUUCUCUUGAUCUAAAUAAAUUGUUGAGUGCUCGCAAAUCGGUAGAGAUCGGCAAUAAUCGGUUGGUGACGAUUCUGUAUCAGACGAUAAACUGAUAAUGGAAGUUUCGAGUUUGAUACGUCAUGCCGACGGCGAUGUGCCGUGCCUCUCGCGAUUAGACAUUGUUUAUUGAUGACUCCAUGUAUUUGUGGUGAGACAAAACUUAAUAAACGGCAAUAUUUUUAUUGUGAUUUGACGUUAAAAAUUUGUUGAUCGUUAACGGCGAGAGGGAUUGAAGUGCGCGAGUGGAUGCUAGAACGUGGUGGUGUUAUUGGGAGAAGACGGGGACACUCCAGACACUGGAGAAAGAGGAAGAGAUGAUCUACGGUCUGCUGGUGGCCGGUGUUAUCGCCCUCGCCACAAUAAGGCGGUAUCCGGUAGCACAAACGGCUACCCUGACGAGCCUGGCGUUGUUCCUGAGCUCAGGAUUGAGUGGGGCAUCGGCAGCUCCUCAAUACGGCCUAAGUUUUGGGGACAUCGAGGGCCAUCCGAUGGAACCCUGGGAGCAACCCUGUGGCACCCCCUUGGGUGCGGCAUUGAAACGAUCACCCCAACGGCACAGCGUUCAUCGUGCCUUAAAACGCGUUCGAACUCAACUUCGAGUUGCUCAAAAUCAUUUCAGAAAGGACCUGAAGGAUGUUCACGACAUUUAUUCGAAGGUUUAUAAAGUGCUGAAGGGGCAAUACCACAUGACAUGGCUACCGAAGAACCAGCUGGAGUGGUAUCACACUGAAUUGUGGUGUAAGGAGAAGAGCAAAAAGGCCGAGCACGCGUUACCGAGACUUCACGAUGCACUCCAGAGGUUCGCUAUCACGUUUCAUUCACUCAGGAAAUUUCGAUUGAAGUCCAAUAUCGAUGCCGAACGAACGAUCAACAGGCGAAAUGAGAUUAUCGGGGGAAUGCAGAACGAAGUGUUGAGGAUGCUCUGCGAAGUAGAAACAGCAAUCUUGAACCUCGGUCUUCAACUCCCGGUUGUGCACAAGGCGAAAAUUGUCACGGAGAGUCCGGACUGGGCGACGGAGGGAGACCUGACCCUCAUGCUUAUUCAGGACUGGGGAGUCCUUCGACUUUAUCAGGCGUUUUUAAACGACUGGACUCGUGCAUUUCGCAACGCCACAGCCACGGGCCCCGGUACAUGCGAUCCCAAGACUGUUAAGCCACUGUCUGCUUACCGUCCGAAGCCGAAAAAUCCGAAGAAAGUUGUGCGCAUGAAGGCGAAACGACCGCCUCAAAACAGGAAGAAAAAUCCAAACGGUCAAUUUAGGAAACGAAAUGGCGUGGGACCCAGUGAAGAGGGCCUGAAUGCCCGACGACGUGGGAUGAGACGGAGGCUCAUGAGAAAUCGACGACGAAAAAUUGUUCAGUGAAUUUUUCCAUUUUUUUACACUUCAAUUAUAAACCAUAAACUCGCGAAUGAAAAUCAUCAAUUAUUUAUUUCAUUUUUUCACAUUCAUUUGAGGUGUCUUAAGACCCAAAAUGUACUUGAUCAUUCGAUUUUCAUUUUUUCAAGAAUUAAUUAAAGAUUUAAGUGAAUCGCUGGUUGAGGCGAAAGCUCCUGAACAAAUAGUUCGUCAAAAGUUGAUUCACAAAAAAUAAUUUAAAAAAAAUAGCUCAGGGAGAAAUAUUCGGUGGAAAAGCACCCUAAAGGGAGAGAAAUAUUCGGUAAAUAUUACCGAACUCGAAGUUCGCUUAUCGAUUACCAAAUUGACUGAGAAUCUUUACGUGAAAAUAUCGGAAUUUUUUACUGACGAUUUAGAUGAAAAUUACGAAAAAUUCAGAAAAAAUUGCGGGAAAGCUCCGGAAAUUUUUCGGAACCGCAAUUUGGUCUCGAAACAUUGAAAAAAUACGUAAUUUGGAAUUUCAUUGGUUGAAUAUGUCUCUCAGUACAAGGAAAAAACAACCGAUGGACAGAAUAAUCUCCGGAAAAAUACCAGAUUUCGGAAAAUAUUUUCCUAUUUUUCCAUAAGCUAUUUUUUCAAGAUCUAUUAUUACUAGACUAUUUUUUCCGGCAAUUAUUCCCCUCCCGAGCACGACAAGAAAUGUUUGUGGUGUGAAGGGGAGGAAAAUAUUUUGAGAAUAAUUCAGAGGACGAAAACUUCCAUGACAUUUAAGACAUAAUUAAGUCAUUCUUGGUAUCGCAAUUCAAAAACUUGAGACGUAUUUGUUAAAUAGAGAAUUUUGGAUUCUGACGACUACGUCGUGCUGUCAUAUUUGCAUGUCUUAAAUUGACACGUCUUAUAGCACUUGUCCUAUUUUUUAAGACGUGAAAAAUUUGGAUAACUAACAAACCCAUUAGUCUCUUCGUCUGAACAGAAAUUUUCCCUAAGAUGAAACGACAUGAACGUCUUUUCUGGUUUUGAAAUGUGAAAAUAAUAAUAAGACGCGUCUUUUGCCUAUUUACAAUCUAAAUAAACUAUUCGAAUUAAAUUCAAUAAUCAGGGUAUCUAAACCAUCCACGGACUUGAGACCAGUAUUAUAAAAAUGCUAUUUAAGAGUUAGAAGCAGUAUUACAAUGCAGCAAAUGUCUCCAUCAACGAAUAACAAUUUGCAACAUUAACACAGAGUAAAAAUUCCCGGAAAAAGUACGUGACUAGUCACGUAAUAGUGCACCAAAUAAUCAUUCCAAUAAUUUUAUCAAAAUUCACAUUAAAAAAUACGAGACAAAAAUUAAAAGUUUAUCAUUCCCUCCGGAAAAUUUACGGUACCAUCAGUCAUUUUUUUUCACCUCGUAAAAUUUCCAGAAUUUUAACUAAAAAUUACUCACUUUCUCCUGACGAAGAAAGUACUUUUGACAGUUGUAAACACAUGACCUUGACAGCCGUGUUGACACAUCGCCAGUGUCUUGAAGGUGAAGGUCAACACAAUAACAAUAACAAACGUCUAGCGUAUGGGUCAGAGCCUCGCUUGACAUGUCAGAGGUCUUGAGUUAAAUAUCGUUUGGAUAAAAAAAAUGGUACCGUAAAUUUCACGGAACUUCUCACGUACUUUUUCCAGUAUUUUUUCCCUUCGUGCAGAGGACAAGUUUCCCGUGUAAAAAAAUAGACACUUGUAAAUACUGAGUAUUUCACUCUCAUCAUGUGCCUUUUGCGGUUAAUUCCAUGUUCCAUAUGUAACUCGGAUGAAAUAGGAAAAAUUAUUUAUUUGUUUUAGCUUUAACGCGCGGCACAGGCGAGCUUAAAGUUAUUAGCUGUGAUAUUGUGAACAUAAGAUUUUUCAUUAAUGUUAUUUUCUAAGGGAUUUUUACACUAAAUUCUAAUCGAUUAACUGAGGUUUUUGGAAUCUCGGAGGGUCUCGUUAAUUUUCACUGAGAACUUCAGUCUCUUUUCUGCUGAUGCGUUACUGGAGAGAUAAAUUUAAAGAAAAAAACAUUUUUUUAUUUAUCGACUGAUAAGAACACUCCAUUCACAAACCGUGACAAUUUUUUAAGCAUUCGAUGGGUGAUAUUCAUUUUUUAAUGAAUAUUUCCGUCUUCUAAUUGCGAGUGAAAUGAAUUUAGAAUAGUAUUUUAUAAAUUUAUUGUAAUGUAUUUUUUACCGAUUUUACUGAUAGUGUAUUUAUUGGGCAUACACGCAUACUUAUUUGUAUUAUGAUAAACUAUUUAUUAUACCACGUUACC